UUCUUCAAAAUAUCUUUAAAAUAUAUAUAUAUAUAUAUAUAUUUUUUUUUUUUGAUAAUUCUCUGUAUUAUUCUUAAAAUAUUGUAUUCUUUGACCAAUAAUACAAUUAAAAUAAAUAAGUAUUGUUUAUACUAAAUUUAUUUAUAAUUGGCUUAUACAUUUUUUUAAUGAAUUUUUACAAUUAAGUUUCCUUGACAAUUAGAUGUAAAUGUUGAUUUUAUCGACAUUUCAGUUCACUUCGUUUUUUCCCGUGAAAAAUAAACUAUCGUCUUGUGUAAUUAUUAAGAUUUAUUUAAUUAGUUAUUGAUAUGGCAAGUGAAAAAAAUAUUUUUGGUCAAACAAAUGAAUCAAACUUACAUAAGGUCAUACGCAGAGUUGAAGAAAUAUGGAAUCGUCGUUUCAUGCAUUCCAAUUGUGUUUUAAAUAAUACAAAUAAAGGACAAAUAUCAAAAAAGUCAACUAAAGAUGGAAGAAUUAUCUCAAUUAUUAAUAAAAAUAUUUAUCCUAUAAAAAAUUCCAUUAUUCCAAAAAAACGCACGUAUCGAAAAACGAAUAAAAAUGAUAAAAUUAUUCCAGAAAAAUUGAAUAUGAUGCAGCAAAGAGAAUUCGGAACACUUUUUCAGAAUGAAAAAUCUGAAAAAUAUAAAAAUAAAAUUAUAAAUUCAACAGAAAAAGACCCAGCACAGGGGAGUCGCGGCACAAAAAGUUUCUUAUAUCAUCCAAUGCUAGCUUACCUGGCGUUUUUAAAAUUUUUACACUUCGUUUAUUGGAAAAUGAUUGUUCUAUAA